GUACGGUUCUCUUCCCACGAACACAAACACGCACCAUGAGGGCUCUGGUUAUUUUGGCAGUGUUGGGCGUGUGCUCGGCUGUCCCCUCCAUAGGAGACACCCCAGAAGUGGCGGCAGAGAAAGCUCGUUUCUUCCAAGCUUACCGAGCUGCUGAGGCCGCCGCUAAGCCACAUUACAGCGCUCACCAACAGGCCUAUAAUACCGGUCACUACAACCCUCAUCAAUACAACCAUGGGAAAUACAAUCCUGGCCACUACCACCAACCCAAGUGGACCGGCCCCGUGGCUGCUACCAUACCCGCCGGCGUCGACGGUACCAUUACCCCCGUAUCCGACACAAGGGACGUUGCUGCUGCCCGCAACGCUUUCUUCAACGCCUACCAGUCUCAGCUUGCUGCCACUGCAGGUCGUGCCCCCAGCCCUCACUACCAGGGUGCUCCUUCAUACACUCCUUCCUACCACCAUCAACCUAAGUGGACCGGCCCCGUAGCUGCCACCGUCCCCGCCGGCCUCCCUGGCUCCCACCCAGUUGUUGACACCCCCGAGGUGGCCGCAGCUAAACAUUCCUUCUUCAGUACCUACCAGAGGCAGGCAGCAGCAGCGGCUCCUCCAACACGCUACUACCAGCCACAGUCUGUGAUCCUAUUGUCUCCCCACAGCCACAGUAGCCAUCGCACUGAAUCUAUUCUUACACUCAUCAAAGACCAAGAGAGAAUACAGUACGGUUCCCUACUCUCACACAACAACAUCAUGAGGACUCUGGUUAUUUUGGCAGUGUUGGGAGUGUGCUCGGCUGUCCCCUCCAUAGGAGACACCCCAGAAGUGGCGGCAGAGAAAGCUCGUUUCUUCCAAGCUUUCCGAGCUGCUGAGGCCUCCGCUAAGCCACAUUACAGCGCUCACCAACAGGCCUAUAACACCGGUCACUACAACCCUCAUCAAUACAACCAUGGAAAAUACAAUCCUGGCCACUACCACCAACCCAAGUGGACCGGCCCCGUGGCUGCUACCAUACCCGCCGGCGUCGACGGUACCAUUACCCCUGUGUCCGACACAAGGGACGUUUCUGCUGCCCGCAACGCUUUCUUCAACGCCUACCAGUCACAACUUGCUGCCACUGCAGGUCGUGCCCCCAGCCCUCACUACCAGAGUGUUCCCUCUUACAAUCCUUCCUACCACCAUCAACCUAAGUGGACCGGCCCCGUAGCUGCCACCGUCCCCGCCGGCCUCCCUGGCUCCCACCCAGUUGUUGACACCCCCGAGGUGGCCGCAGCUAAACAUUCUUUCUUCAGCACCUACCAGAGGCAGGCAGCAGCAGCGGCUCCCCCAACACGGUACUACUGAACCCUACUGUCAUAAUUAAGCUAAUUUACAAUAAAGUCAGAAAA